UUGUUUAUGAUUGUCCAUCGGGAGGAACCAGUGGCCCACAUGCCACCUUCCCCUGACGUGCGGCCUCCAAGCUCACAGCGCCUCCCGAGGAGAAGGCUGGGGCCCUUCCCCGCGGCUGCGGGAGGGGGUCCGGGGCAGAGGCCAGCCCCUGUCCGGGCGUGGCCGCGCAGGUGGACAGCUUCACCCAGGGCGCCUCCAGGUCUCCGGGAAACCGCUUCCAGACAACAGCGUUCUUUAGUCCCCAUGGCAACAGGGCCUGCGCUCCUGUUUCCAGGGAAACAAAAUCCUCAGCGUCGCGGUUGCCACAGCAACGUCUACGGGCUUCCUCGGCCACUCGGUCGCCAGCCCAGAGGGGCAGCUGGGCACCUUGGACGGAGGAGCCAGGUGUCGUGCCGGCGUGGGGCUGGUGCACUGACGCAGGUCCUGGCCCGGCCCGGGUCCCGGCCGGAGACUCACCUGGCCGCCCAGCCCCGGCUCUCUCGGAGUCCCGCCCUCCCACUCGAGAUGAGCUCUCCCUCCAGCGAGCCUGGCCACGGGGGUGCCACUGCAGAGCGGUCCCCACUGGGGCUGGACACCGUGAUCCAGAGGCUGGAGGACACCGUCUUGAGUCCCAUGGCCAGCAGAGAAGACCGGGCACUGACCGUGCGUGGGGAAGGCUGGCCGGCUUUGCCCACCCCUGUGCCCGCCCGAAUCCGUGAGAUCGUAGCUGGCAGCCUGAGGGACGAACCACACCAAGGGCUGCAGGAGCCGCCGGCCGUGUCAGCAGGGGUGCAGGAGGAGAACGAGCGUCUGCAGGAGGAGCUGUCCAGGCUGGGGGAGCUGCUGGCCCAGGCAGACGCAGAGCAGGACGAACUGGCCGGCAGGUACCACGCGGUCAGUGCGCGGCCACAGGCCCGUCUGGAGGCCACCGAGGCUCGGCUGCGGAGGUCGGAGCUGGAGCAUAGCGUGGACCCGGAGGAGGCCCUGGGCCGUUUGGAGGCCGCUGAGCAGAGGAGCACGGGGCUCUCCCAGGUGAACACCCUUCUGCGGGAACAGCUGGGGCACAUGAAGAAGGCCAACGACAGGCUGGCCGAGGAGCUGGCCAGGACGACGGACGGCGUACUCCAUCUUCGGGGCCAGCUGGAGCUGAGGGAGGCACGGCGCCGGGCAGAGACACAGAUCCGGCGCACACGCUCGGGGGGGUCCCAGGACUUCCUCCUCCUGUGGAGACAGGUCACCGCACUCCGCGUACAGCUGGCCGAGCUGCGCACAACCGCAGAGAGGCCGGAUCCUGCCCUCCCCCCGGACGGUCCCGAGGCUCAGCAGGGGGUGCUGCUCUGGCCUCCCAGGGCUCUCACCGACAUGCGCGUGGAGAUGGCCAGGACAGCCGGGCGCCUGCAAACGGCCUGCCUGGCCCUGGGCUCCAGGCUGCGGCUGGCGGCCAGCAGUGCGGCGGGCGCCCUGGAGCAGCGGCUGCGGGACCAGGUGCGGGAGACGCUGCAGCUGCAGAGCCGCUGGGACGCAGAGAAGGUGGCGCUCCAGGCCAGACUCUCUGAGCAGACGCUGCUGGUGGAGAAGCUCACAGAACAAAACUCGAAGAAGGAGAGAACCAUCUCUUCCCUCAAAAUGGAUGUCCAGAAACUGGAGUCCCGGCGCAGCGGAGGCCAGCGGGCAGCGGACACUCUGGAGGACCAAGUUGAAGCCCUACAGCGUGUCUUGAAGAGCAUCACAGAGGUGGCCCAGGAAGACGCAGGGUGCCUGGAGCGGGCGUGCAGCAGCGGUCCCGAAGCUCAGGAGGCACAGGGCCAAGUGCGGAGGCCCGGGAGCUCUGCGUCCCCCCACCGCGGGGUGUCCCCACCGCGGGCCCGCGCCCUGGACGCCCUGCACCCCGCACUGCAGGCUGUGCACGCGGCUAUCGAGAGGUGGCGGCUGCUGGAGCAGGAGCUGCGCCUGCAGCUGGGGUCCUCCCAGGCGGCGGCAGCCAGGCUCCGGGAGCAGCUGUCGGAGGCCCAGCGGGAGCUGCAGGCCGCAAGGAGGCUCCUACAGGAGCAGGCGCAGGAGCAGGUGCGGGAGUCCGAGGACCUCCUGCGCGAGCUGGAGGCGCAGAGCCGCGAGGCACAGCGCUGCAGGGCGUCCAGCGAGGUCUUGCAAAGAGAGAAAAGGGCUCUGGAAACGGCGGUGGAGGAGAUGAGAGGGAAGGCGGCCUGUGCAGACGCAGAGAAGCAGAGGCUAGAAGCCGAGAACACGGAGCUGCACAGGAGCCUCCUGCUGUGGGCGGAACAGAAGGAAGAGCUGGUGCAGCAGGGCGAGCGGGGCCGCAGGGAGCUGGAGACCAGUCAAGGGCGCCUGGAGCAGCUGGAGGAGAAGGUCUCAGGGCUCAAGAAGGAGCUGGUGUCCGCCCAGGAGGCGCUGAACUCGGCCCGGCUGCAGAGGGACGUUCUGGAGAGCGAGAGGGAGGGUCUGCACAGAGCCCUGGCCCGGGCCGAGUCCAGCAACACUGACCUGGAGCUGCUGGUGACCCGGCUGAAGUCGGAGGGUGUGGAGCAAAGGGACUCCCUGGCCAAGAUGGCUGCCCUGACGGAGGGGCUGGCUGGGGACAAAGGCGCCCUGGGCCACCAGGUCCUGCAGCUGGAGCAGGCGCGGGAGCAGCUGCGGGAGCGGCAGAAGGCUCUGGAGCAGGAGCGGGCGGGUGCCCUGGAGCGGCUGGCGCGGGCGGAGCAGCAGCUGGGGCCGGUGCAGCAGGCCUGCGGGCGCCUGGAGGAGCGGCUGCAGGGGCGGGAGGCCGCCUUCGAGCACCAGAGGGCCCGGCUGCAGGAGCAGGUGGGCCAGAUCACGUGCAAGAAGCAGGCCCUGGAGGAGCAGCUCGCCCAGAGCCUGCAGGACCGGGAGGCCCAGCAGGACACGCUGCAGAGGACCCUGCAGGAGAAGGAGGCUCUGUCUGAGGAGCGGGCCCAGCUGCUGGCCAAGCAGGAGGCCCUGGAGAGGCAGGUCCGGCUCACGGCUGAGGAGGCGGCCGAGCUCAGGGCUGAGAGGGACUCUCUGGAGAGAAGCCUCUUUGAGACCCAGCAGCUGGUGAUGCAGCUCCAGGCACAGCGGGAGCAGCUGGAGGGACAGGCCCGGAGCAUGCGGCUCGCUCGGCAGACCCUGCAAGUGGAAAUGCAGCAGCUGAGAAGUGCCUGGGAGGUCCAGGAGACAAAGCUGCAGUGGGACGUGGGGAGGCUUCAGCGGCAGGUGGCACAGCAGGAGCGGGACUUGCAGCUGGCCCUGGAGAGCCAGGCGCUGGCCCACCACGAGGACCUGGCUCGGCUCCAGAGGGAGAAGGAGUCCCUGAGUCUGUCUCUGACAGAGGAGAAGGAAGUGGCAGCUCACCGGCUGGAACAGGAGAAGAAGCUGGUAGCAAAGAAUGCGGCCAAGAGGGAGGCUCUGAAGGAGGAAAUUCAGAGCCUAAAGCAUGAGCGGGAUGAGAGUCUCCUCCAGUUGGAAAAUGAGAUGCAAGAGGCCCUGUCACUGAAAGAAGAAGAGAGGAGGCUGCUGAGGGAAGAACUCUUCAGAGCCAUGCAGGAGCUGGGACAGGUGCGGCAGGAGGCCCAGAGCCAACAAAAGCAAGCCGAGGCCACCCUCAGCGCCACGGCUGCGGAGCUGAAGGCCCUGCAGGCCCAGUUCGAGGACGCCAUCUCGGCCCAUCAGAGAGAGGCCGCGGCUCUGAGAGACAGUCUCCGGGAGAUGGCGGCAGAGAGAAGCAACGCCGGGAGAGAAGCGGAGGGGCUGCGGGCACAGCUGGACGAGGCCCGGGAGGCACUGGCCGUGCUGCGCGGGGAGCUGCAGGGCAGCGAGGAGAGCCGCGAGGGGCUUCGCAGGGAGGCCCAGGAGGCCCGCCGGGCGCUGGGCGAGGAGGCCCGCGAGAAGGCUGUGCUGCAGAGCUCCAACACCGAGCUGCGGGCCGCUCUCCGCAGGGCCGAGCAGGACAAGGCCAGUUUUCAGAGGUCCAAGGAAGAAAGGGAACAGAAGGUGCUGGUCCUGGAGGAGGCGCGAGCAGCGGCCCAGAAGGAGGCCUGUGAGCUGCGGGCCAGCCUACGGGAGGCGCAGCAGGCUCGCGCCGACGCCCGCCAGGAGCUCCAGGAGCUGGGCACACAGGUCCUGAGGCUGCGGCGGGAGCUGGAAGAGGCGGAGGCUGGAGCUGAGGCCCGAAAGAAGCAGCUGGAGGAGGGCCUCUGCCAGAGCCGGGGGGCCGAGCGGACCCUCCGGGCCGAGCUGCACACGGUCACGGGGAAGCUACAGCAGGCCGGUAGCGUGGCCGACGGCCUCCAGGCUCGCCUGGACGAGGCCGGCCGCCGGCUCCACAGUCUGGAAGGGGAGCUGGCCCGGGCUGAAGGUGCCAGGCGGCACGCGGAGGCCCAGCUGGGCCGGCUGUGGUCCACCCUGUGCCGCGGCCUGGGGCUGCGGGGACGAGGCCCCUCAGGCUCCCCCGAGUGGCCCGGCUUCCCCAGUACAGGCUCAGAUAGCAUCCAGAGCGCCGGCCCCCCGACCAGGUCCGGCUCACCACUCCGAUGGCCCUCACCGGCACCUGGGGACUCCUGCCCAGAUGUGGACGUGGACUCUGUGCGAGACGCCCUGACGGACUUUGUGCAGAAACUGCGGGUUGCCCAGAGGGAACGGGACGACUGGCACCUCCAGGUGGUGAGCCUGAGCGGCCGGCUGAGCGAGGCAGAGCGCGAGCGUGCCCAAGCCCAGAGCCGCGCGGCACGGCUGCAGGAGGCACUGGCAGAGGCGGAGGAAGCCCGGCGCCAGGCGGAGAGUGAGAGGCGCAGGGCCCAGGCAGCGCGCGCCCUGCAGGAGGAGGCGCUCCGGAGCCUGGAGGAGCAGCACCGGGCUGGCAGGCGGGCGGCCAGCUGGGAGAAGCGGAGGCUCCAGGAGCAAGUGGACGCACUGCACGGGGCCCUGGAUGAGAGCAGAAGGCACAGCCAGGGCCUGGCCCAGAGGGGGACGCGGCUGGAGGCGCAGGUCGCCUGCCUGGGGCGCAGAUGCCAGGAGGCAGAGGGCACAUUGGAGCCCGCGCAGACGGAGCAGGAGACGCUGAGGAAAGAAGGGGACACGGCAAGGCGGGGGGCCUGGAAGGAGCAAGUGCCCCAGCCCGUGGGCAGCCUGCACCAGGAAGGGGACAGGGCGCCGAGGCACCACCAGCGGCGGCAGGUCAGCUGGGCCAGCCUCGGGGGUGCACCCAGGGGCGGGCAGUGUCCGGUGGGUCUCACGCCGCACAGCCCACGCGGAGGCGCCCACACAGCCGGGAAGGGUGCGGUGGACCGCUCCCACACCGACCGAUGCGGAGACCCAGCCCCAGACGACAGUGGGGUCUACCAGGCUCACACCGCAAGGGGCAGGCAGAGGUGGAACCAGGGCCCAGGGCUCUGCGGGCCCCUCCUGGUCCCCUCCCCAGGCCCCGCGGGAGUGGCCACACGGCCGAGGGGGCUUGUGCAGAACAGAGCAGGACGGGGAGGAGUGUGGGAAGCGCGGGGUCAGGCAGGCCUGUGGGCAAGUCCAGGGGCUGCUCCUGUGUGUUUGGGGGGCAUCUCCCCUCCCACCGCUGGCCAGACCCCUACCUCCACACAAGGACUUGGCAAGAGGGGCAGGGGCGAGCCUCUCAGGUCGGUGGGCAGCAGGGAGGAGCCCAGGUUCUCACCUCGGGCCCGGAGAGCGGAGCAGGCCCAGGCACAGGCCCAGGGGUCGGGAGCUGGCCACAGGGCCCGGCUGCAGGCUGUGCAGGCCCUGGAGAGCCGGGAGCAGACCCCCCCGAUGGAAGGGGGUCCAUCCACUGCGGGUGUGCAGUGUCCUCAGUCCAUAGGACCCCUGGGAUGGGUGUCCCUGAAGAGCAUGGCUCCACAUACCCCCCAUGGGACAGCCAGCAAGUCCCCUGCCUGCCUGAUGUCUCUCUCCCAGGCACCUGCCUCUCCUCAGGACCCCCAGAGCUCUCCACAACCACGGCCUGGGAGCCCUGGCUACAGGCCCUGCCCGCCCCCCGCCACCGCCCACCCACCUGAGCUCCUGCCCUGUCCCCAGGUGGCCAGUCUGAAGAAGCAGCCGGACCAGGAAGCACCUCGGCAUCAACAGGCCCGCCUCGGCCAGGCCUUGCAGGCCAAGAAGUGAGCCCCGCUUGCCCAAGCCCCCAGGGUGGCCCGGCGGCCCCAGCGCCGACCCGACAGCGCAUCAGAGCCGCCACGGAGAAAACGGACGUCUCACGCUGCUCAGAGGACUGUGGUGCCACGGCCCACAGCCCACCACGCCUCCCCCGGGGUCCUAUACCAGCAGGCGCCCCGCGAUUCCACAGAGCACCGAGCUCCCCCCGGCCCUUGGGACCUCCACCUCUGCGCACCCUGGACCGGCCUCCAGGACACUCCUCGCAGGCACCGCCCUGCCCCUGGCCCGCACCCGGCCUGGCACUCUGUCUCCACUUGGGACGCACUGAUCUGGCCAGACCCUGGUCACCAGGCCCCAUCAGGCCGGCUCCCACGGCCACAGGCUGCGUUCCAUGCCUUCAGCUCUAUAAACAUGGGGAAACACGUGGAAAAUAUUUCCACCAACUAGAGCCAAAAACAUAAUGUCCUGCGAGGCCCAGCCACCACUUCCCUACGUCCAGAGGCCGCGGAACCUUCUGUAUCCAGGAAGUGCAGGUCCGUCACAGUGGCAGGUGGCUGGAAAUGACUCAGAAUCAAGUCCCUGCGACUCGCCGGCCACGGGAAGCACUGGCCGUGAGGGCUGAAGCUGUUGCAGAAUCCCCCCCUUUUCCAGCCUAUAAACUCUGGGAAAAUUCCUGGGGGAACCGGCCCCAGUUGCCAGGGAGACCGAGGUGGCCAUCUCGGGCCUCUGUGGGGUUCACCUGUCAGCAUUUUUACUCAUUUCCCCCAUGAACGUCGGCCAGAGUGGUUUGUCUUCCUCCCCAAAUGGCCUCCCCUGUUUUGCAAGCGGCACGUUUACGAUACGCAGGGCACCGGCCAGCCCGGUAAAUUCCUGCGUGCACAGGUGCUGGCUGCCCUCCAGGACUCCUGGGGGCGGGCGGGGCCGAGAGCGCACAGCCCACCUCACUGCUGUCCGUGCACCUUGCUGCCCGAAUGUGCGAUCGCCGUAUGUCUGUCUCAAGAUCGAUCCAGGGCUUAAAGUAGGCCAUCCUGUCAAGACCUUGCUUUCCGCUUGAAUUUAGCAACGUGUUCCCACAGCCGGUCAUGUGUACGGAAGCAGCGGCUAGAAGGAUGGAGGCAGACGGGUUCCAUUCCGCCCUCAACUCAGCCUGCUCACCGGUGGCUGCGUGGCUCUGAAGCCCAGCCCAGGCUCGGAGGGAAGCGCCGGGUGACCCCCUGGCAGUGGCUGCCUUGGGCCCGGGAGGCCGUCCUGGUGCUAUCUGCGGCCCGAUCCGUGCCACCGGUGGAGGCUAGCGGGCAGGUGCACCCCUACUUCAGAAGCGUGCUCUGCCAAAUGGGAGAGGCUGGGGCCCUGACAGGGGACGCGUGGCCCUCGGGGCCUGGCUUUUGGUAGACAGACCCCCCCCCCCAGCAGAAGGACCCCAGGGCCGGGCCAGGCGGGGGCGCGAGGAGGGAGGAACAAGCAGCCGGAGACCCGAGUCUGUGCGUGUCUGCGGCACCCGCUGGCGUCGUAGGUGCUCCCAGCACAGAAGAAGCAAGUGCACGCUCACGGGUGAAAGAGGAGAAUGUAUCUCAGAUGCGGGAGGGGUCGGGUGACUUCUCGUUACUAAAAUGAAAGCCCCCGUGUUUUGACCGACAUCCUGGUGAUUUGGUGAUUUCCUUGCCCCCGGUUGCACAUGCGGGACUUUCACAGCACCUGUGAGACCUCUCGAUUUUUGUAUGUUAAUAGUUCAACCCAUGUAGGAGAUGCUAGUUUUUACUUACUCAACAUAAAGUCAUACGCUUAGGAAAAAGAGGAUUUUUCUAGUGGAAAUAAAUUGGUGUUUCCUUGAGCAUCUCCAGCACAAGGGCCGGUGCAUCUGACAGCUACCCUGGAACCUGGAAGAGCCUGGCUCUGUCCUCCCAACAGCACCCUGGGACACCUGUUGACGGGGGACUUCACGGGGGCUUCCCUGACCAGGCUUCCACGAGGUCUUGCUUCUGGACCAAGGCCACGAGGCAGUCCGCAAGAGGUCAGAGUCAAACCCAGAGGCCAGCGAGGCUGCAGGCACAGCGUCCUACCGACUGGAGGACAGAGACGGACUGGGGGUGCUGAGCAGGGUGGGUCCCAGUGCCCGGGGUGCUGGAACCCUGCCGGGCAUCCACCUGUCCUCACACGCACCACCCGCCCCACGCUUCCGGAGGUGAGGUCAAGGCAGGAGGGCCUGGGGUGGGGCCAGGCCCGAGACGACAGGCUGUACUGCUGCCCAUGCCCUCCCUGUGGCCCGAGGGGAAAGGCUCACGGCUUCUUCCUUGACCACCCCGCACGGAGGCCUCCAGCCUGUAAGAGGCCCAGCAGCCCCCGCAUCAGUUUGGGACUCAUCAGCCUUGGAGGAAUCCUAGCUCCGCCCCUUCCAGCUGUGUGGUUCUGGACAGGCUCUCUAGCCUCAGUUUCCUCACCUGUGAAAUGGGCGAGCCCACCCCCGAGGGGCACGGUGAGCCCUCUAUGAGGUAUCGCCCACACUGACACCGGGCCCGUCGUGAACCCUCAGCGACAGGGGUGGGGGCACCAUCACCACCCUGUAGCCACUGCAGGUGGGGUGUACGAAGGAGGAGAGCAGGGAUGCCACAGAGAAAGGGCCCCCCGGGAGCCCAGGGAAGGCCGUGAUUCCCACCAGACAGACGAGGCGGCGGAGGGAGAACGAACACCCUGAGGGCACGGGCCCCAGCCCCCCCGCAGCACCCCAGCUCUCGAGGGAGGCAGGGGCUUCACCUGGGCCACAGCUGGAGCAGGAAAUGGGCCAGCUGGAACCAGGGUCACUGAUAUUCCGGCUUCUAAAACAUUAAUUUGUUCAAAUAACUGCAAAUAAAAACUGUGACGACGAAA